GUUUGUGCGCCCUCAGGUCCACAUCGAGGUGAUGCAAGUACUGCGUUUGGCUCUAUCGACAGCCAAUUCCUCGGUAUGGAAAAGAUAACUCUGUUGCGCCGCGCCGCGUAAUUGCCAUGGCGGGCCGAAUGGAGAAUCCUUUCAAACAGGGGCUGGUGUUUUAGCCAGGCCCUGUGGCUCUCCUGAAGCCCCUUGGCAAGCCACUUGACACGCAAUCCAGCCGUCCACUAUCUGACGUGCAAUCUGCCCAAGGUUUGAACAUGGCUGAGACUCCUGGACGCGAGCCAAGGUGGGAAAAAAUUAAUUAAAACCCUUCUUCACUCCCGUCGCGUGCUUCGUCCCCAGGAAUUUGCAACCAACGCGUCGAGAGCAGACGGAGAAAAGGCUUAUAUCUCCCCUGACCCCAAGACACUACCCAGCAGGACUCGACAAGACUCGGUUUGCUCUCUGUCACCACAUCGUCUAUCGACUUCUGAUCUUAUCGCCCUUGUUGGAGCACCAUGGUGCAGAAAAGCGUCUUGGCUACGGCCGCCUUGGUGGCUGGCUCGGCAGCACAGUUUGCAUCGUUUUCUUCCAGCAGCUACGCAUUAGCAGUCAAUGUCCCCUCAGACACUGCCUCAUCCGGGAGCGGCUCACUAUUUCUGCAAAUCAGUGCCCCCAGUGGCACCCAAUGGGUUGGCUUUGGCCAGGGCUCUGGCAUGGCGGGGGCCAACAUGCUCGUUGUAUAUGCCGCCGACAGCAACAAUGUCACUGUGUCCCCCAGACUGGGCACCGGCCACGUUCAACCACAGUUUAACUCAGAUGCCUCAGUCUCACUGUUAGAAGGAAGUGGUAUUGCCUCGGACGGCUCGUUGGUCGCCAACAUUCGCUGCGAUACGUGUCUGAGCUGGAGCGGAGGGAGCAUGAGCCCCACGGAUUCGUCGAGCAGUUGGAUCUUUGCCUACAAAUCAGGAGACCCUCUUGACUCGACAGACACGUCUGCCAACAUUAAACAGCACGACUCCACCGGCGGCUUCAACCUCGACUUGACCCAAGGUGUCGGCGGUAGCUCAUCGAACCCCUUUGUGGCUGCGUCUAGCGAUUCGUCGUCCUCGGCCUCGGCCUCGGCUUCUGCAGCCCCGUCAGAGACCGCAUCUGCCUCAUCUGGCUCUGGAUCUCAAUCCACGAGUGGCUCGCCAGCCACCGCGACAGACUCAGGAACGGCGACUGUGAGCAGCGUGGUCACGCCUACUGGUGGUGUGUCCAAUCCCAUCGUGAGCUCCAACCCGUCCUCGUCGAGUGCAACAGAGGUCAGCGAUGGGCCUGACGACACCAUCCGAACCGCCCAUGCCGUCAUUAUGCCCUUGGUCUUUGUGGUCAUGUUCCCCUUGGCGGCGUUGACGCUCUACCUCCCCUACAGCAACAAGGUCCGACAUAUCCAUGCGCCGUUGCAAGUCCUCAGCUUGAUAUUGAUGAUUGUCGGCCUGGGUCUGGGUGUCCAACUGGGCAAACAAGUCGACAAUCUGGAUGGUUACCAUAUGGUUAUCGGGUACAUUCUCGUCGCAUGGAUGGGCGUUUUCCAGCCUACCCUUGGCCUGCUCCAGCAUAUACAUUUCCGAAAGUACGGCAGCCGGAGCGCUUACGGCCAAACCCACCGUUGGCUCGGUCGAGCCAUGAUCCUGCUCGGUGUCGUCAACGGCGGAUUGGGAUUCAAGACUGCAGGAAUGAUUGGCAGCGACGACGUCCCCACCUAUUCAGUCGUCGUCUACAGCGUGUUCGCUGCUGUCGUCUUCAUCGUCUACCUCGUGGUCCUCUUCUUCCCGCGAUACACCAAUGGAGUCGAGGGAUCGCAGAGCCUCCCAGGCGAGAAGCCUCGACCAAGAAGCGAGGGCUACGAGAUGCACGGUCGCUCUUACGAUGGCGGUCGCGCACGGCGUGGUUGAUUGCCCCUCUUCACCCCGACAACUUUCGACUGGGGAGAAUUAAGCCUCCAGAUUAGAUAAAUUUCUCUUUUCUUACGAUUCUCAAGAACGGAUCCCGGAUGAGCGCAAUGGAACGACUGGGAGUUACAAGAUUUGGUUGAUCGGACGAAUGGAGCGGUCGGGCUCAAACGAUUGAAAUGCAACGGAAAUGUACGACCCCUUUCUUAGAGGCAAACGGCGCAGGAGUCGGAAAAGAGGGAUUGGAUCCCCUCUAGGUCGGGGCUUUUGGAGGAGUUUCUGAAGAAUUUUAUGGCCACGAAUUAAGCAUAGAACAAUGUAGCUACUACAACAUGCUCGGUGAUCAAGAACAAGGCAACCCGGCAGCAGAGUGUUAGCUGAUCCUGCCACCUGAGAAAAGGGAGCUUCACGGUGUUCUCCAAAGCCUAGGCUAGACUUAACCCGAGUAUGACAACAUGUUCCCCUGAGA